AUGUUCCCUCCCUCUCUCGAGUCCUCCUCGGCGCCGGCGUCGGGAUACACCGGCUCACCCGAGCCGACUCGCUUUACUCAGGCGUAUGAGGGCGAUGCUCUAAAGCUGGAGCUCGGGGCAGCUAUGGGCAUGGAAGACGUGCAGUAUGAUGGAGCAUCCAGCAACGAGUAUGCUGAGAGCAGUGGCUCGCAGCCCACUCCUCCCCUCCUAUCCUCCUACCAAACCAGCUACGGCUUCCAGGCUGGCUCCUACGAUGCUUACUCGGCCAUCGACCAGUCCGGAACCGCGUACGGCGCUCCUUACCCCCUCGCCCCUGCUCCUCCCUUCCGCCCCUUCUUUCCUUCCUCGCACCUCGCAGCCCCUUCCCGCCUGAUCAGCACCUCGGACAUCCCAUACAACCAGCUGCCCAGCACCGCUGCGCCUGCUCACGUCCACGACGCGCAUACCGCCCUCCGCGGCGCGGUCUCCCACCCCAACUUCUCCACCUCUUCGGACCGCAAGCAUCACCCCUAUGCGCGUGCUUCCAUCGGCCUCCCCUCCAAUGGCGAACACCUCGGCAGGUCUGUCAGUACCACCGCUCUGAGACCUUACGGUCCCUCGCGCUACGCGUCCGGCUCGACUGCGAGAUUCACGGCAGGCUCUGACUGUGCGCUAUCGGUCGGAGCUGGCUACUCGUCCAUCUUCGGCUCUGCCGCCACGCAGAACGGCGUCCUCUCCUCGGCCGGAUCGUACCACUCCUCCCUCGGCAGCUCUACCUCCUACGCCCCGCACCAGCUUGCCCCCACCGGCGCCAAUGCCGGUAUGCCGCCUCACCUGUUCAUGUCUGGUCUUGGGGGUCAAGCAGGCGGCCAAGCGGUGGACGACGAGGAGACCUGGCGGAACAUCAAGGGCAAUGGCCUCUGGGGUGAGCGAUACAUCGACGAGGAGGUGGAUGAGCUGGACGAGGACGAUGAGGAGGUAGAGGCGGAAGACGACGAGCUGGACUCGAUCAAGGGCGACAACGAGCACAACCGCUCUUCGCCCGCUUCCUUCCCUACGGCCGAUAUCGCCGAGGUGGACGAGGACCUCGAAGCGGACAGUGAUGACGAUAUCCCCCUCGCCCAGACCCAGCGCGGUCACGCCGCCUGGAACCGCCAGCUCUCCGUCACCCCGACUCCCGCCCCCACCCUCAUCCCCACUCCCGCGGCGGCACCGGUACCGGCCGAGACGUCCGCGCACGGAUCUGGCGUUUCAGGUUUGGAUCUCGACGUGGAGGAGGAGGUGGAGAGCACGCCUGUCAUCCCGGCGAAGAAGCUGGAUGAGGAGGAGGCGAUUGGUGCUCCUGCUCGGCAUCAGGGGCAAGACGAAGAGGAAGGGGAGGAAGAGGAGGAGCUUCGUACCAUGACAUCCUCCACUCGUACUGGCUUCCCCAACACCAGAACCAGGUCCACCCAGCGCAAGACCUCUUCCCUCUCCACCUCGGCUGUCCGGACCGACGUCAUCGACGACACCUCGUCCAUAAUCUUCCACCCCUCCGGUCGGGCCAUGCGCAACAGCACCGCCGCCACCAUUAAGACGGAGCCGGUCUCAUUUAUCCCCCUCAGCUCCACGCAGCGAUCGAGCCAGUCCUCGGCGGUCGAGGAAGAUGAGUGGUCGGAUGCCAACUCGGACGACGACGACUCGGACGCUUAUCCCUCUCGCAGCGGGACGCCACUCUUCGAGGUCGGUCGGAACGACACGGUCGCUCGUCGCGUCGGUAAAAAGGGGCAAAAGUCCCGGGCGCCCAAGGAUGAUGACGAGGAAAGGCGCAGGCUCAACCCUGAUCUGUACAACAAGGUCGAUACCCUUAGGAACAGGAUGAUGGGUAUAGACACGAGGCUUAUGGUCUUUGAUGAGAAGCUUUGUCUGUUAUUGGUGGAUGAUCGCUUCUCUCCGGAGUUUAUCAGGUGGGACGAGACGGGGACGCACGUUGUCAUUCCAGACUUUGCGGCAUUCUGGCCAGUCGCCUCUGCCUAUGUCACCCUUAGCGUCAAGCAGGUCCAGUGGAGCGCGUUCGACAAGCAGCUCAGCAACUUUGGGUUCCGUCGUACCUCGCACAACAGCCACGACAAGAAAAGCAAGAUCUUCCGACACGCCAAUCUCCGUCGAGACGAUAAAGAGCUCUGGGAUCAUGUCAGGGCUCUGCCCCGGCUGUUGAAGCAUCAAACGGCUCUGAAGAACACCCACUCUGGAUCUUCCUCGAGCAGUCCCGGCGAUCGCAAGACCCCUUCGGCCCUUCGCGCCAUCAUCAAGACCCAGGCGUCAGAGCUGUCCGCGAAGGACGCCCGGAUAUCUGAUCUCGAGUCCACCAUGGCCGGCUUGUCGAUUAAGGCGGACAAGGCAGACCAGUAUGAGAGGUUCUUGGUCGAGCACAGGAAGCUGUAUCCGGAGCUAUGGACUGAGGAAGACGCCAAAAAGCUCGGUCUUGACCUCUCCGGCCUCCCCGACUACUCGACCGACUCUCCCGCUCCAUCUUCUUCCUCCAGCGGGAAACGCCUCCUCAGCCUCGCUGCUGUCGCCGAAGUCCGCAAACCCGUCAAGAUCACCAGGAAGCGCAGUCGGGCGAUCAUGGCGCCCCAGGCGGAGGACGGCGUCAGCGAAGCGGAGCACAAGGAUGAGGCGGUCGUCAGUCCGGAGUCAGGCGGGGCAGCGCAGAAGGGCAAGACGGGAAAGACGGUCAGUCGGAAGCGGUCCAAGUUGGUCUUGGGGGUGAAGCAGUAG